AAUUGGCUCUCCUCUUCCCUCACUCCCGGGCCGAGCGCUGUUCUCUCCAUCCCCUUCCCCCAAAUUGAGGAUCGGGCAGUACCAUAGAGCCUCGGGAAAUGGGGGGGGAAGCCGUCUUCCUGCCGUGCGCCGGCUGAGGGGGCGGAGGCCGAGUUCUCCACCGCGGCGGCACCCGGGCGCUGGGAGCUGAAGAGGACAGUGAGGAGCUUGAGUUGGAAGCCCUUGAGUGGUGGAGAAUAGGUGAACUGGCACAGAGGUUGAUCUCAAGAUGCCAUUAGUGAAAAGAAACAUUGAUCCUAGGCACUUGUGCCACACAGCACUGCCUAGAGGCAUUAAGAAUGAACUAGAAUGUGUAACCAAUAUUUCCUUGGCAAAUAUAAUUAGACAACUAAGUAGCCUAAGUAAAUAUGCUGAAGAUAUAUUUGGAGAAUUGUUUAAUGAAGCACAUAGUUUUUCCUUCAGAGUUAACUCAUUACAAGAACGUGUGGACCGUUUAUCUGUUAGUGUUACACAACUUGACCCUAAAGAAGAAGAAUUGUCUUUGCAAGAUAUAACAAUGAGGAAAGCUUUCCGAAGCUCUACAAUUCAAGAUCAGCAGCUUUUCGACCGCAAGACUUUGCCUAUUCCAUUACAGGAGACAUAUGAUGUUUGUGAACAGCCUCCACCUCUCAAUAUACUCACUCCUUAUAGAGAUGAUGGCAAAGAAGGUUUGAAGUUUUAUACCAAUCCUUCAUAUUUCUUUGAUCUAUGGAAAGAAAAAAUGUUGCAAGAUACAGAGGAUAAAAGGAAGGAAAAGAGGAAACAGAAGCAGAAAAAUCUAGAUCGUCCUCAUGAGCCAGAAAAAGUGCCAAGAGCACCUCAUGACAGGCGGAGAGAAUGGCAGAAGCUGGCCCAAGGUCCAGAGCUGGCUGAAGAUGAUGCUAAUCUCUUACAUAAGCAUAUUGAAGUUGCUAAUGGCCCAGCCUCCCAUUUUGAAACAAGACCUCAAACAUAUGUGGACCAUAUGGAUGGAUCUUACUCACUAUCUGCCUUGCCAUUUAGUCAGAUGAGUGAGCUUCUGACUAGAGCUGAGGAAAGGGUCUUAGUGAGACCACAUGAACCUCCUCCACCUCCACCAAUGCAUGGAGCAGGAGAUGCCAAACCCAUACCCACUUGUAUCAGUUCUGCUACAGGUUUGAUAGAAAAUCGCCCUCAGUCACCAGCUACAGGCAGGACACCUGUAUUUGUGAGCCCCACCCCCCCACCUCCUCCACCACCUCUUCCAUCUGCCUUGUCAACUUCUUCAUUAAGAGCUUCAAUGACUUCAACUCCUCCCCCACCCGUCCCUCCCCCACCUCCACCUCCGGCCACUGCUUUGCAAGCUCCAGCAGUACCACCACCUCCAGCUCCUCUUCAGAUUGCCCCUGGAGUUCUUCACCCAGCUCCUCCUCCAAUUGCACCUCCUCUAGUACAGCCCUCUCCACCAGUAGCUAGAGCUGCCCCAGUAUGCGAGACUGUACCAGUUCAUCCACUCCCACAAGGUGAAGUCCAGGGGCUGCCUCCACCCCCACCACCGCCUCCUCUGCCUCCACCUGGCAUUCGACCAUCCUCACCUGUCACAGUUGCAGCUCUUACUCAUCCUCCCUCUGGGCUACAUCCAGCUCCAUCUACUGCCCCAGGUCCCCAUGUUCCAUUAAUGCCUCCAUCUCCUCCAUCACAAGUUAUACCUGCUUCUGAGCCAAAGCGUCAUCCAUCAACUCUACCUGUAAUCAGUGAUGCCAGGAGUGUACUUCUGGAAGCAAUACGAAAAGGUAUUCAGCUACGCAAAGUAGAAGAGCAGCGUGAACAGGAAGCUAAACACGAACGCAUUGAAAAUGAUGUUGCCACCAUCCUGUCUCGCCGUAUUGCUGUGGAAUAUAGUGAUUCAGAAGAUGAUUCAGAAUUUGAUGAAGUAGAUUGGUUGGAGUAAGAAAAAUGCAUUGAUAAAUAUUACAAAACUGAAUGCAGACGUCCUUUGUGGUGCUUGUUCUUUGAAAAUGUUUGGUCAUUCCAGUGUUUUGCUUUCUUUUCCUUAUGGUAAAUAACCCUUUUCCUCCAUAAUUUUUGAUUUCUAAGAAAAUAUUAGCAUACAUUUCAAACUAAAUGUUUUACAGUGGCUUAUCUUUUUUAUUUUUUCCCUGAAAAGAUAAUUUGGUCAAAUAAACCACUAAGUAUUAAGCAUGGACAGCCGUUGUUAGAGUAGCAGAUUCAGUUUUUUGAUAUAUCUUAAUUGUGCACUUUGUGAAUUUUAAUUUAAAGAAAGCAACUGAGAUUGAAAUCUUGAGGGCAGCUGUAUCUAUUAAUGAGCCUUAUUCCAUUUCCUGAUGUUUUAAAAGAAGAAACACUGCCUUGAUUAUAUGAAUACACUCAGAAAGUACAUUUAGCUAGUAGUAUUGAAUUCUCUUAAAGGAAUGCUUGAAUUUUUUUUAAUUAUUGUUUUACCGUUUUUAAAUACUUGCCUUAUUUGAAUGUUUAGCGGUACCCCCCUUCCCACUUAUAUAUUGUGUGGUACGAUUUUGCUUGCCUAUAAGAGUUUAAAAAAUUUCCAUGUGAAAUACUCUGACAUAAACAUACAUGUAACUUACAUUAACUGUUAAGAAUAACAGUCUGAUUUAAUAAAUGGUUCAUUUUAAAGGUU